AUGGAAUUUUCAGGUGAAGGCGAAGGGCAGCGAGAACUCGAAAUCCACGUGAGAAACACAUUUCUCCACUUCAGUCAAGUCGGUGAAAAGAAAGAAGGCCUCAAGAGGAGCAAAAGUUGGAGCGGCUCAGAUCCCAGCGAUGGCGACUCCGAUCUUCAAGACUCGGAAUCCUCGGGCGUUGCGGGCGACGUCAUGGAGCGUUGGGCCAACAUGGCCAGACUAGCUCAGCCAGAUGACGAGGGAGUCAAUCACUUCAUUCUCAACUCCCCGAACGGGGAUAGCGAUUCUUUUACAAAUGACCAUUCGGAGUACAGUUCCGUCAAGGGGCGGAACUCUAGUUCGACUGACCCACCAUCCGACGAAAAGCUGCGAGGAGGCAGCCCCAGAAGUCCCAAAAAGGGAAGUCCGAGCAGAGUGUCCGCAGGCACUGCGAGAAACAAGGCCCCCCCGACGGCUCUGCGACAGCACCAGCCAACUCAUCCGGAAGCGAGAACGGGGAAGGUGUUCGCAUCUCUUGGCUCCGUCUUUCACGACGAAGGGAGGUGUCAGCCUUGCAGAUUCGUAUCACUACCGGACGGCUGCCGGAACGGCGCCGAAUGCACCUUUUGCCACAACGAGUCGCACGAGACGGACCCAAACAGCGCGCACCGUCCUCCCAAGGGUGUUCGUUCAGGCUAUAAGAAGUCCGUGAAUCAAGUCAUGGAAUCAGACCUUCCUGACGAGCAGAAGAGGGAAGCUUUGAAAAGGCUGGCCACAAAGAGUCCCUAUCUACGGGCCCUGGUGAGGAAAGCCUUGCCGGACCUCGUGUGCGACUCUGACCGAGAGGAACCGGAGCAAGACAAGGGCAGGCCGACCUCGAGCAUGUCUCAGGGGGGUGGAGGGCCAAGGUUGCCGGGGCUGCAGCCCACAAGGACCAAGCUCUCCCUCUGA